GGAGGGGCGGGCUGCUGCGAGCCUCAGCUGGUUCAGGCCGAGCGGGAGGAGGCGGAGGCGGAGCGGGCGGCCGGCCAGGGAGGCGCGCGCCGGUCUGCUGCGUUCCGGCCUGGCCAUGGCAGUGGCGCCCCUGAAAGUGUGCAUCGUGGGCUCGGGGAACUGGGGUUCAGCUGUUGCAAAAAUAAUUGGUGAUAAUGUCAAGAAACUUCAGAAGUUUGCCUCCACGGUCAAGAUGUGGGUCUUUGAAGAAACGGUUAAUGGGAGAAAACUGACAGACAUCAUAAAUAAUGACCAUGAAAAUGUAAAAUAUCUCCCUGGACACAAGCUGCCAGAAAACGUGGUUGCUGUUGCGAACCUCAGCGAGGCCGUGCAGGACGCAGACCUGCUGGUGUUUGUCAUCCCCCACCAGUUCAUCCACCGGAUCUGCGAAGAGAUCACGGGGAGGGUGCCCAAGGACGCGCUGGGCAUCACCCUCAUCAAGGGCAUAGACGAGGGUCCUGAGGGGCUGAAGCUCAUUUCCGACAUCAUCCGAGAGAAGAUGGGCAUUGACAUCAGCGUGUUGAUGGGAGCCAACAUUGCCAAUGAGGUGGCCGCUGGGAAGUUCUGCGAGACCACCAUCGGCAGCAAGGUAAUAGAGAACGGCCUUCUCUUCAAAGAACUUCUGCAGACUCCAAAUUUUCGGAUUACGGUGGUGGAUGAUGCAGACACGGUUGAACUGUGCGGUGCUCUGAAGAACAUCGUGGCCGUGGGAGCCGGGUUCUGCGACGGCCUCCGCUGUGGCGACAACACCAAAGCCGCUGUCAUCCGCCUGGGGCUCAUGGAAAUGAUCGCCUUUGCCAGGAUCUUCUGCAAGGGCCAGGUGUCCACGGCCACCUUCCUGGAGAGCUGCGGCGUGGCUGAUCUGAUCACCACCUGCUAUGGGGGCCGGAACCGCAGGGUGGCCGAGGCCUUUGCCAGGACCGGAAAGACCAUCGAAGAAUUGGAGAAGGAGAUGCUGAAUGGGCAGAAGCUGCAAGGACCUCAGACUUCGGCCGAGGUGUACCGUAUACUCAAACAGAAGGGGCUGCUCGACAACGUGUCCUGUGACCCCUGCUUUAAUGGAAGCGGACCUCCCUUGGCCCCAACCGCCUCCUUCUCAGACUCCUGUGUGCAUCUGUCCUGCGGUUUGGCCUGCCUGGACACCCCCUUAUGAGCAUCUCAGCCAUCAUCGCCCACAAGGCAAGCCAGGUUUCCGUUGUUCACUGCGGUGUACCAGAUCUGCUACGAAGGCAGGCCCGUUCAAGAGAUGUUGUCUUGUCUCCAGAGCCAUCCAGAGCAUACAUAAAGUGAAUCUUGAAACCUGUCAGGGAAAGGCCUGCCUUUCCAAUCAGUCAUUUGGAUUCAGAUGGAAGCCGGGACUUGGCAACAAGAUGUUUGCUUGACCGUAAUCCCAUCAUGGAUGUGUAUGAAUUUUUACAGGUUCAUUUUGAAUUGCGAGAUGAAGUUCAUUGGCUAAGAUGUUACUGGGCAACAUCUAGACGCACAUAUAUGAACGUGUGAGUGUGUGUUCCUUUUUCAUUCUGUGGAUAUUUCUAUGAACCAAAAUUAAAGGCCCUUUUUAAAAAUCACUGUUGAAAUUUUCCCACUGUGGUAGCUUAUCAGAUUGGAACUAUCGCAGCAAAAAGUUUUGGAUCUAAUUCCUAUGUAUUCCAGUGAAGGAAUUUUUUUUUUCUCAUUCUCUUGAGGUUAAAAUUUAACCAACAUUAACAUGGUAAAGUGGAUGAGUGAGUGAGUUCAAAGAUCAACAUACUGUAACUUUUAAACACUAUCUCAAAGCCAACAUAAUUAACUACUUCGAUUGUGGGUUGAUCUUUUUUUUUUUAACAAUUACUUAUUUUUAAUUAGGUAAUCCACUCAUCUAUUUUCCUCUCACUGCAGUUUUCUGCAUUUUUAGCCUCUUUUCUCUUCAUUAGCUACCAGAAUGUGCUUUCAUAAAGGCUCAGCAGUGGCAGAAGACAGAAAACUCAUCUGGGAUUUUUCUGCUGUGACUGACACAUUCUUCUGAUUAAUGACACUUGUAUGAUGCUUUUUGUCAGGUCGUACUUUUGUGCAAAUAUUUCCUUUAAGCCUCACAGAUCCCCUGAAAGGGGGCUGCUGUUAUUCCUCUUUUAAGGUGCAGUCACUGUGCCUUGUCGCCCAGUGAGUAGGGGCACAGCCAGAGGCUCUCAGGCUUGAGAGCUGGUUUGAACUCACGCUAAUUGGUUGUAGCAAAUGCCAUUUGCAGCCUUUCUUGAGGCCGUCGGCGGGCUUCCUGCAGCUGAGGCUUGCGUGCGUCCUUGUCUAGAAGGAUAUCACUCAGUGUGGACCUCACUCCAGCAGCUUCACUUGGAGUCUUAGAAAUGCAGGUUCCCGGGUCCCACCCCAGACCUCUGAAGUGGGGGUAUUGUGUCUCUGCUUUGACAUGCCUUCCAUGUGUUUCAGUGCUCACUACUGUUUGAGAACCACUACUGUAGAAAAUUUAUUUUAGAUUGGCAUUUCUCAAAUCAUGUUCCAUAGGAAACGAGUGUCCCGGGAUCCAGUGGUGGUUCUGGUGUUCCCUGGCAAGGUCCAGUGAAUUUGGGAAAAGCUGCAUCUGUACACCCCUCCUGAAGGGGUAGAAUGUGUGUUAGUGGAACCUGUUUAUUUAGCCCAGCAAGUCCCAGACAGAUUGUGGAGAUUUUUUUUUUUUUUUUUGGGCAAGGAAACUUGCCAAAGUUUCCAGGCUGAGGUGACCUUAGGACAGCUCAAGUAUACCCUUCACUCUCUGCAAAAAAUGAGGAUGAAUGACUACCUGUGGUGUUGUUCAUUCUGAACCUUUACAGUUCAGGUCUGCCAUGGAUCUUUGACGCAGCUUUAAGGUGACACUAUGAGGUACAGCCAAGUGGAUGUCAACCUCGCUGAAACGCACAUUGUGUGGACUAAGUGCUUUUAAUUCUAGAAUUAGAAUGGGAGUUACUGUAUCUUCGUAAAUGUGAUUGGUUUCAGGAUAACAUUGCAGUUACCUUACAUAGUACUUGAUAAGUGUUUAAGGGAAUGUUAUGAAUGUCUUACAUAUUCAUGGAUUUUCAGUCACUUUGAGAUUUUGACCUUUUUGUUUUGUUUUGUUUUGUUUGCGGUACACGGGCCUCUCACCGCUGCGGCCUCUCCUGCCGCGGAGCACAGGCUCCGGACACGCAGGCCCAGCGGCCAUGGCCCACGGGCCCAGCCGCUCCGCGGCAUGUGGGAUCCUCCCAGACCAGGGCACAAACCCAUGUCCCCUGCAUCGACAGGCGGACCCUCAAACACUGCACCACCAGGGAAGCCCGAGAUUUUGACCUUUUUUAUUUUCCAGCUUGGAACUUUUUCCCUUCUAUACCCAAAAUGAUUAUAGAACGGGUUUUGUGGGAAUUUUAAAAACUCCUCUACACAGAAGUAUUUGAAAGCACACAAAAUGCUACAAGUUUCAUUGAUUUUAGGGCCACUGUUAAGUCAAUCCAUUUUUGCUUGUGUCAUAAUUAAUCUUUUGAAAAGUUUGUACAUAGGUAACAAAGUGUUGCUUUUUAAGAUACAUAAAGGGCUGUAAGCUAAUUGUGGUGUCUGUCAAGUAGGAUCAUCAGAUGUGAGGAAUUCGGAUUUUGUCUUUUGUAUAUUGUCAUCUGCAUUCAGCUUCCUACUCUGGGUUUUGUACUUGAGUGUUUUUUCUUUAUAAAUGCCCUCUUACCACUCUGAGGUCUUCUGACUGUACCUCUUGAACAUAAUUAUAAUAUUCUGCACAUAUGGAAAAAGGUAAAUUUUAUAUAAGUUUGUGCUUUGCUAACUGUAGAUAUUUAUUACUCUACGAGUUAUCUAUUUUUAUAACCACCUGUGGUCCAUCAUUUAUUUUAAUUCACCUUUCUUACUAAUUAUGGUAAUAGGGGAGGGAGACAUCUAGAAGAGAAGCUUAAUUUAUACUGUUUCAGCCAAAUCUGUGAAUGUAAAAACUACACUGUUGCCUUGUAUAAUCCAACCUACUAUAAUGUGGAACAAAUAUCUGUCUUGAAACCCAUCCUAGCAGGUGGAAUUGAGCUAAACUCCUUCUGGUUUUUCAUUUAACUCUUAGCUAUAACAUUGGCCCCAUGGUAUCGGCCCAGGGAGUAGUGAGGUGCCACUGUACAAAGGGAUCUUCAGUUUUUCCACUAGCUCUAAUCUGAGCCUUUUACCUACACAUGUACUAUGUUUGUUUACAGACUGUAGGUGGAUAUAAUUUAAAAGCUUGAUUUAAUAAACAUUUAAUCCCCCAAA